UGGCAGUAGCUGACCGGGUUUCAACCAGCUGAAGCUCCGCACCACCAGAACUCAAGGAAGAAGAAGAAAGAGGAGGAGGAGCACUGUCAUGGCGGCCAAGGUGGUGAUGGUGGCCGUCCCGACGGUGCUGGGAAUAGCCUCCAUCCGUGUUUACACAGUAAACGAAGCAUCUGCUGAUGGGAUGGUUACUCGGGAGAAGCUGAACAUCUACACACCGCUGCAGGGGUCUGCUCAGACUAAGUUUGUUCCGGACAGUCCUGGAGUUAUCGAGAGAGGGUUAACUACAACCAGGGAGAGCGUACUACCGUUAGUCCAAGCUGUUAAGGGUGCCGGUGUCUCUGUGAAAAAGGGAAGUGUUAAUCUUUACCAUGCAGGAGAGGAUGUAUACUAUUACCUGAUAGACCCUCCCCCGGGUUUUCUACCCAGACUUGGUACCAUCACCAUGGCCGGCCUGCUUGGCAUGUUCUUGGCACGGAAAGGCUCUCGAUUCAAGCAGUUAGCCGUUCCUGUGGGCCUGAUGAGCGCCGGAGCAUCUGUGUGCUACCCUGCCCAAGCUGUGGCGGUCCUUAAGGUGACUGGAAAGAAGGUGCAUGCUGCAGGCCAGUGGAGCAGCGCUGCAGUGUCUUCUCUCUUCACCCCAAAGGAGCCUGUUGCCAAAGAGAUUGUUGCUUCACAACUACCGUUGGCUACAGAACCAAAUCCAGAGUUUGUACUGGCUGAGGAGUCAUCAGCCCCGAGUUCCACUACAGAAACCUCAGCUCAGAGCGCCACCAUCCCAGAGAAAGAGGUGGAAUCAGCAGAGUCUGACAAGCCCACCGUCACCACAGAAGAAGAGUCAUCAGUAACGCUCACAGAACUAUCUCCUGACCAAACCCCAGCGGAGUCCAGCGCAGGUUCUCUGGUGAAUUCUGCUCCAGAGGCCUCCGAUGUAUCAGCAGAACAAGGAGCAGAUGAUGUCUCUACUGAUACCAGUCCAGAUAAAGUGACACCGAGCUUAGAACCAGAGACAACCCAGGCUGUUCCAGUCGAGCUCUCUUCAGCUGAACCUACAGAAUCUGCUCCAGAGGCCUCAGGUGUACCAGCAGCUUCCGCUACAGAAGCAGCAGUAGAUGAUGUCUCCUUUGAUACCAGUCCAGCUGAAGUCAUACUGAACUUAGAACCAGAGCCAACUGAGGCUGUUCCAGUCGAGGCCUCUUCAGCUGAUUCUGCUGAAUCCGCUCCCUCUGAAGUCACAUCUGCUCCAGAGGCUUCACAUAUACCAGCAGCUGCAGAUGUCUCCACUGACACCAGACCAGCUGAUGUCACACCGAGCUUAGAACCAGAGACAACAGAGGCUGUUCCAGCUGAGCCUGUCUCUCCUGAAGUAACAUCUGCUCCAGAGGCCUCACAUGAACCAUCAGACCCAGUCAUCGAAUCAGCUGAGUCUGUCCCUGCCGCUGAACUUGACUCAGCUGACCAGCAUUCAGGCCCUGCUGUGGAGGAGACACUAAACACAACUCUCACACCACCACCACCACCACCUCAACAGCCUACGGCAGAAAACAGCAAAGAGGGCUCUGGUUUCAAGCCAGACCCUGCUCUCAUGGACUUCGGCCAGUCCAACCCUGAGGAUGAAGACCUGUACAGCACACGCAGCUGAGAGACAUCACUGCCAGCCGCAGGAGAAACCUCAUUCCCACACUGCCAUCUCAUAUCUCUUCCUUACUGACAAAUGCUGCAUCAUUAUGCAUGUAAAUAGGCCAUUUUGCAAGCAAGCUCUCUUAGAAAGACUUAAAUCAACAUUUCCAUUCUCAGUUCAUCUGCCCACAGUGGUUACAUUUCCACAAAAAACAACAAAGAAAACAUCCAAUCACAUUUGCUUUGUAGCAGCAAUAAAAUGAAUUCCGGUGCUGAAUAUCUGUUUGCAUAGGACAGAAGCCUGGAACAAAACACCCACAAAUGUUUUGAGCAGAAAUGUCAGAUUGUGAGACAGUUUCUAUUUGCAUCUUUUCUUUUUUUUCUAGCUACAGCAUUUACAGUCACGGUGCUGUAAUUUAUUGUAAUUUAUCCCAUCACGUCGGUUAAUGAAAAUUCUGCACAUGUGCUGUUAAUAACUAUAAGAUGGACUAGUGUUUCUCCAUUUUGCAAUCAAUAUUUGUCUUCACUUGUUGGUUAAGGAAAUCCAAAUAAAAAUAUAUUUUUCUUGAACUGAUGUUGGGUCU